AGAAAGCCAUACUCGGCCGUGUCGGUACAAAUUGACCGCAUGACCAGCGAGCAGUAUGAAGAAGACGAUCUCAGCGGAAUCAUCGACUUGGUUGAAGUCAUCCGCAUCCAAUCUUCCGGGCCUACCGAAGCUGCCAGAGCUAUUCGCAAGAAGCUCAAGUAUGGCAACGCCCACCGUCAAAUUCGUGCUCUCAACAUCCUGGAUGGUCUGAUUCAAAACGCUGGAAACCGCUUUCAGAAGACUUUCGCCGAUGAGCCUUUGCUUGAGCGUCUCCGACUUAUGGUCAGGGAUGACAUGGUCGACCUCGAUGUGCGCAACAAGUGUAACGUGCUCUACCGUCAAUGGGCUGUUGCCUACAAAGACACCCCUGGCCUUCACAACAUCGCCACACUCUACAAACAACUGCCCCAAAAGCCUCGUCCUCGCCAUACUCAGGCGCAAUCCAAGGUCCUUCGCGAGACGGAAGACGACGCCCAUGAGGAUCCUUCGCCGACUCCUCCUCCUGCACCUUCUGGUGGACACUCUCGCGGUCACUCUCGAUCGAGCUCUGCAGUCAACGCUUCGGCCUCGACCUCUCGCCCAGUCUCACUCACUCCUACACCCCACUACUCUAUUCGCGAUGCCGUCAAGGCAUCCACAAGGAAGAAGGACAAAUCCGGCACCACCACUACGAAAUUCAAUUUCGAAAAGGAAAAGCCGAACAUGAUUCAAAGUAUUGCUCAGGCCUCCAUCGCCUCUAAUAACCUCUCCAACGCUCUCUUACUCGUCAACCGCGAGAACGAGCGCGUCUCCGAGAAUCCUGAAGUCUUGAACCGUUUCGAGACUUGCAAGAUUCUCAGAAGAAACGUGCUGAGGUAUAUUCAAUUGGUGGAAAGUGAUGAGUGGAUUGGAAGUCUGUUGUCCGCAAACGACGAACUGGUCAAAGCACUUACAAGCUACGAGAUCAUGGACAGAUCACUGGACGAUGACAGCGACAGUGAUGCUUGGGAGCACAUGCCAGAGCAUGGCUCUCACGCUACUGGUGCUGAAUCGCAGCUUGCUGGACUCAAGAUCGAUGGAGAGGGAGCAGCACCGCCCAAGCCACCUCGACCCACCAACCUCGCUAUGCCCGCUAAACCCGACUUUGGCAAAGCCAAGGCAGAGGAAAGCGACGAAAGCGAGAACGAAUACGAAGAAGAUGAUGAGGACAAUCCCUUCGGAGACUCCAAUGCCGUCAAAACACCAGGCGUGGAAAGACCGGGCAUGACUUGGAAGAACGUUUAG